AAAACAUGUCACUUGUUUGCUCCGUACCUAGGUACCAUUUCUGUUUGCAUUCCGGGAUAUUUAACAGGCACCGUCCCAAACCAAACCAACUACAAACCCAAACCAUAGACAGCAAAGUAUCAACACCUCAUCAGUCAAGAUGGCAGACACGAAGCAAGAAAACCCGAAAUCGACAAACACGGUCUUGGAACCGGAGGAACCAGAGGAACCAACACUGACCAACCCCCCUCCCACGAGCUUCCCCCAUUUCAUGCUCCUCCCGGCCGAGAUCCGCGCGCACAUCUGGACCGCGGCCAUCCUCAACGACCUCGCCGUCGGCCGAUACGAACCGCCACCCCCAAGCAAGCCGGCAAGAAUAAAGCGAGGCGAGGGCGGAGGCGGCUUUGGAAGGGCACGGCACCCGCUGGCACCCAACAAGCCGCCCGCUCCCGCUCCCGAGCCGCCCGUGGCCGCUCCGCUGCUGCACAUCAUCCCCUUCCACACGCUGCCCGUCGAAGCGCCCUUCACCCUCGCCGAGGCCUACCUCAAGGCCAAAUACGGCGCGGACUGGGCCGAGAGGGCAAAAGAAGGCGCGCUGCCCGCGGGGUGGGAACCGCGCCCGCUGGCCGGGUGGGAGGAGGUGGCAACGGACCGGCGGCAGGCGCUGAUCGACGAGGCAAAGGAGGCGAUUGAGCAACACGCGCGCAGCCGCACCGUGCUGCUGCCGCCCGGGCGGGCGCCGGACACGCUCGCCCAGUACUCGGGCGGCUGGUGCCCGCGCAGCGAGAUCGUGCGCUCGUUCGCCGAGGCCGAGACCGCCGCGCACGCGCUGGGCCGCCUGGCCAACCGCGGCGACGGCUGUCCGGGGGGUGGUGAAGAUGAUGGGGCGGCAGCGGCGGCGGUGGUGGGCCAGGAGACGCUGCUCAACUUGGGCAAGGGCGAUGUCUGCUGCUUUCUCAACACCCGCGCGGAUGGCUCGCCGAUCGGCUGGGAGGAGACGCUGCCGCUCUGGGGUAGCGAGAGAGGACCUUGGGGUUGGCGAGUAUCUCCCAGCCCCUGCGGCCAGGCCCCCCCCCGUGACCAUUUGGGCCUGUUCCCCGGGGGGCAGGAAUGGAUCGGUGCCGUAAGGGAGGGGUUUGGGUGCGACGAUGAAAUGCUGGCUGGGCUGAGUGGGCUGAGAGGCCUGCUCCCUGCUCUGGACCAGUGUGAGGCGCUGGCUGGGGUCUGGCAUCCGGCCAUGUGCAGGGCCUUUCGACCCCGCUGGAACGGCGGAAUCGUGAACGUUCAGCAACGCUCGGCGCUGUGUGCCGAGUUCCAACGGGAUCUGAAGAGCCUGCCGCACCGUUAUCCCCAACUGAAGACCAUCUACAUCAUUGACCCCUCGAUCAAGCCCAGGCCCUUGCGAGGAUUCCUCGGUAGGCUGCGGCCUCCACCAACGUUCCGUGGACGCGGUGCCACCUUUUACUCGGCACUUUCCUGGCAUUUCAUUUUGGGGCGGGCCCGCAUACAGGACUGGAGAGAUGCAGUCAGUGAUGUUUUGGAACCGGUUACGCGGUCGUUGGGGAGACCAACAAUCCAAGUCCUUGUCUUGGCCUGUGUGCCGGACGACUGUGAGCCAGAAUUCUGGGGGUCAAACCACGAAUAGUAGCGACGAGACAACGGAUAGAUAUGCUCUAGCUAUAAUUGGAAACUGUUGUAUGACAAUAAUCA